CACGCCGCACGCGCGCCCUGCUCCUCGCUCUUCCUCCCCCGCCGCGCCGCGCUCGUGUUCGUGCGCACGUGUGCCGUCGCGCGUUCGGUCGGCGGCUAGCUACUCAUGGCGGCGGGCGUGGCGGGCAGGUCGAGGGAGGCGGACCCUGCGCGGUGCAGGAGGCACCCGAAGCACCGGCACGCUGCGGGCGUGUGCCCGUUCUGCCUGCGGGACCGCCUGUCGCGCCUCUCCGCCGCGGCCGCGGCCUCCGGCUCCGCGCGCGCCGGCGCCAACGCGUCGCCGUCGUCGGCGUCGGCGUCCACCCCCUGCUCGUCGUGGGAGGAGACCGUCGCGCUGUCGUCGGCCCAGGCGCCGCGCCCCCGCCGCGGGAGCCUGGGCCUGCUGCUGCGGCAGGAGGGGCGGGAGGCGGCGGCGCUGGCCGCGGGCCGCCGGGCGGAGCAGGACGACCACCACCAGCAGGAGGAGCAAGAGAGGACGACGGCCAAGAGAGGCAGCAACUUCUGGGCGCGGCUGCAGCAGCAGCUCCACCACGGGGGCUGGCACAGGAAGGACGGGUGCUCGGCGGUCGCGGAGAAGCAGAGCGCUGCCGCCGCGCCACGCAGGCGGGCGCCGGUGGUCUGACGAAGGCGACGGGUCGGAGACCGUGCCGUGCCGGUGGACGAGCGCGUCGAGCUGUUCGGUUGUGUGCUGUUCCUGUGUGUUACGGCGUUGAUUAUCUCGUGAUCCCCCCUUCGGUUUCUUUCCCUCCUGUCCUGUGAUCUGCUGGCCGAGUGGCGGCGAACGGCGGCCUAAUGGCUCGCCCAUUUUGUAAACAUCUCCAAAACGAAGCUUGCGCUCGGCUCAUUCGUGUUCUUCCGCUGCCAUGAUCAGAUCAAAAUUCAAACAGAUCAUGUUCAUUCA